UCUUUAAGAACGAGUAGGUGCCGUGCGUCAGUGUUCUGCCACCCCCAUGGACGGCAGGAUGAGCAGCCCACGUGCACGGUUAUGACACCAUGAAGAGCUACCAUGGGGAGCGCAGCCAGCCACGGGAACACCCCUGCCACUGCGUGCCAGAGGCCUGCGACCAGCCGAUGGAAUACGUCCACCAUAGCCAGGAAUCCCGCCAGCCAUACCUCCUCAGCCCCAGUGAGCCCUGUUCCUUGGACCACUACUGCCCGUCCCGGAGCUCCGCCGAGCCCCCCCUCAGCCUAACGGAGCCCCUGUCCGCCGCCAGCAGCAGCAGCACCUUCCCUAGGAUGCACCACACGCCGCAGCAGUACGAUUCCUGCGACGAGUGCAUGGCGGCCGCCCACCCUGCCGGCAAGAUCAACCGGCUGCCCCCAACGCUCCUCGACCAGUUUGAGAAGCAGCUGCCCCUGCACCACGACGGCUUCCACACCCUGCAGUACCAGCGGGCCAGCAGCACGGAGCAGCCGCGCAGCGAGAGCCCCAGCCGCAUCCGGCACCUCGUCCACUCGGUCCAGAAGCUCUUCGCCAAGUCGCAUUCGCUGGAGGCGCCGUCCAAGCGGGAGUACAACGGCACCAAGAUGGAAGGGCGGGGAGGGGAGGCCGGCUACCACCACCACCACCCGCACCACCACCACCGCCAGUCGCGCCACGGCAAGCGCAGCAAAAGCAAAGACCGCAAGCCGGACUCCUCCUCGUCCCGCCAUCGGAACAAGAUGAUGGGCUGGUGGAGCUCGGAUGACAACUUGGACAGUGACAGCAGCUACAUGGUGUCCGGGAGGCAACACGCCGUCGACCAGGCCACCCAGUACUGCGUGGACACCCCGGAGAGUGCCUUCAGAGACUUGACCCUGAAGAGUCUGAAGAGCGGAAGUGGGGAGGGGAAGUGUUUGGCCUGUGCCGGGAUGUCCAUGUCCCUCGAUGGCCAGACUCUCAAGCGGAGCUCCUGGCACACCAUGACCGUCAGCCAAGCGCGGGAGGCCUACCCCAGCACGGCAGGAGGCCCAGAGAAAGCCUUGAUGCUCCAAGAGGCGAAGGCCAAGGACCGAUCAUAUCAUUACCUUCAGGUUCCACAGGAUGACUGGGGAGGAUACCCAGCCUCAGGGAAGGAUGGCGAGAUACCAUGUCGACGGAUGCGGAGCGGCAGCUACAUCAAGGCCAUGGGAGACGACGACAGUGGGGACUCAGAUACCAGCACCAAGGUGUCUCCCAAGGGGGUGACCCGGCGUGACGGGUAUCGCCGUUCCUCCAGUGUAGAUCAGGCCCGAACCAACUGCUGCACAUCACCCCGAAUCCGGCCACGGGGACAAGGGUAUGGACGUUCUUUCACCACCGGGCAGAUUAAUGAUGAGUUGAACCACCAGUUUGAGGCCGUGUGUGAGUCUGUUUUUGGCGAGGUGGAGUCACAGGCCGUGGAGGCCUUGGACCUGCCCGGAUGCUUCCGCAUGCGCAGCCAUAGCUACCUGAGGGCCAUUCAGGCCGGUUGCUCCCAGGACGAUGACUGCCUCUCCCUCUUCACCAUGGCGACCACGACCCACCAGCCUGGCCAGCCCCUCACCACCUUUAGUUAUAGGAAAGCUCUGCCUCCCCUUCCUCCAGGGAUCAAAGCCAAGCCCCUCAUUUCUGUUACAACGCAGAGCAGCACUGAUUCCACCCACGACAGCUUCCUGCCCAGAGAGGUCAACAGAAGCCCGUCAUGGUCCAAAGAGGCCACGAAGCGCUGCAAUUCCACCGAGAGUUUAGAAAGUACCAAGAUCACUGCCAUGUCCCUAGACUUGCCUUCCAUCCAGCCCAGGACUUCCCCCAAACCCUCCACCCUCAUCGUCAGGACGAUUCCAGGGAGGGAGGAGUUGAGAAGUUUGGCUCGUCAGAGGAAAUGGCGCCCAUCUAUUGGAGUUCAGGUGGAAACCAUAUCCGAUUCUGACACAGAAAACAGAAACCGACGAGAGUUUCACUCCAUUGGGGUGCAAGUGGAAGAAGAUAAAAGGCGCGCUCGGUUCAAGCGGUCGAACAGCGUGACGGCUGGUGUACAGGCUGACCUGGAGCUGGAAGGGCUGGCAGGGCUGGCAGUGGCGACGGAAGACAAGGCCCUUCAGUUUGGGCGAUCCUUCCAGCGACAUUCCUCAGAGCCGGAGUCCACACGGCAGUACUCUGUCUACAAGACAGUGCACACGCAAGGCCAGUGGGCUUACCGGGAAGACUAUCAGAUGCAGUAUGACACAGUGGAAGUGCCGCGCCAGGAUAACUGGAUGGACAGGGGCUCGCGCAGCCUGCCCGAUUCUGGCCGGGCAUCGCCCUGCCACCGGGAUGGCGAGUGGUUCAUCAAGCUGCUGCAAGCAGAAGUAGAAAAGAUGGAAGGCUGGUGCCAGCAGAUGGAAUUGGAGGCUGAAGAUUACGAUUUGCCAGAAGAGAUUCUUGAGAAGAUCCGGAGCGCAGUGGGCAGUGCCCAGCUCCUGAUGUCCCAGAAAGUCCAGCAGUUUUACCGGCUCUGCCAGCAGAAUAUGGACCCCAACGCUUUUCCCAUGCCCACUUUCCAGGACCUGGCUGGAUUCUGGGACCUCCUGCAGCUGUCCUUUGAAGACGUCAGCCUGAAGUUUGCUGAGCUGCACCAGCUCAAAGCCAACGGGUGGAAACCCCUCGAGCCCAAGGAGGAGAAGAAGGUGCCUCCGCCGAUACCAAAGAAGCCACCGCGCUCCCGGCUGCACCCGGUGAAGGACCGGUCCUUGGACUCUGUGGACCGUCAGAGGCAAGAGGCCCGCAAGAGGCUUUUGGCAGCCAAGCGGGCGGCCUCUUUCCGCCAGAGCUCGGCCACCGAGAGUGCAGACAGCAUCGAAAUCUACAUCCCCGAGGCCCAGACCAGACUGUGAGGCCGGCAACGGGGCGGGCGGCUUUUCUAAUGACC